AUGGCGACCACUCUUUCGUUAUCCUCUCCCCUCUUCCUCGGAGCUCCGGCCAGAGCUAGAAAUGCAAUUUCGUAUGGAGUGGCUUCGGCUAGUAUAUCACCGAGCACUGUAAAUGUGCUAGGCAAGGGCUACAUGAGUAGGGUUCGUGACCGGAAGCAACAGCGACGAAUGGCAAUAGUAUCUAUGCUUGGAAGGAAGAAGUCAACGGCCAAAGAAACAGUUGUCCCGGACCCCGACUAUAGGUUACCAAUUGCUAUACUUGGGAUUGCUAGUGGUUUUGCAUAUGCAGACAAUCUUCUAGCUGCUGCACCUGUAGGACUGCUGGGGCUUCUUCUUUUGUUCCAGACUACAAGAGUGAGGUUUGUCUUUGAUAAUGAGGCCCUGGUUCGUACCCUUUACUUUUCUUGA